GGGGCCCGGUCGCGAUUCCGGCGCCUGUCGCGACAGGAGGGGGGCCCAGGGCCGCGAUCAUGGUGGAUUAUCACAGCGCCGCGCAGCCCCAGCACGCCUACGGCGGCAACGGGCCCGGCCCCAACGGCGACUACAUGGCCCAGGAGGACGACUGGGACCGGGACCUCCUGCUCGACCCCGCCUGGGAGAAACAGCAGAGGAAGACGUUCACGGCCUGGUGCAAUUCCCACCUUCGGAAAGCCGGGACGCAGAUCGAGAACAUCGACGAGGAUUUCCGGGACGGCCUCAAGCUGAUGCUGCUGCUCGAGGUCAUCUCAGGGGAGCGGCUGCCGAAGCCGGAGCGGGGCAAGAUGAGGGUUCACAAAAUCAACAACGUCAACAAAGCCCUGGAUUUCAUCGCCAGCAAGGGCGUCAAACUCGUCUCCAUCGGCGCCGAGGAGAUCGUGGACGGGAACGCCAAGAUGACCCUGGGCAUGAUCUGGACGAUCAUCCUGCGCUUCGCCAUCCAGGACAUCUCCGUUGAGGGUGAGGCACCCCAGCCACCCAUCCCCGGGAUCCACCCUGGGAUCUACCCCUGGGAUCUGUGCCUUGGGAUCU